UUUCAAAUUGGGGGAAUUAUAUUCUUGAGUUAUCUCCGAGAAUUGAAGUUCUCAAGAGUUGUAGUAAAUGGCCAAUGAAAACAAUAUUAUUUCCAGGACAAACUCGGAAGAUCAAGAACACAGAAACAUUGUACUACGAUUUGGGUUUCUCAUUUCAUCUAUAACAGCUAUUUGCCUCGACGUUUUAUUCUUCUACAUGUACUACAUAGACGAUCAGAAAAAAUGCUUCGCUGUGGACAAAAAAGAUCAAGAAAGCGGGGCCAGGUCGGUGACAGAUUUCAUCCUUCUACUCGAAGUUGCCUAUAAGGUCUGCUCAAGUUCGAUACUUGAAUUAUGUCCUAAUUCUAAAAUGAAUGCAAAUGCUCCUUUGACUUUCUUCGGACGCCUUGCCGAUGUUAGCAAAAGAGUUCCAUGGAUGAAUGUCCUUGUCGACUUCUUGGCUUUGCUUCCCUUUCCACAGGUUCUUCUUCAAUACUUUAUGUGAUUCUUAUACCAUUGUCUAUUUUGGAUCAAACCCCAUCUAUUUUUGGAGUACGCUCCAGUGCUAAUUCAUUUUUAUUGGCAUACU